CAAAAAGAAAGGAAAAGAAAAGAUGCUGAAGUAAUGUGUCUUUUACUGUUUUACUAGCUUGAACUAUUUAUAGGGUGGAUUGGAGUACUGGAGUGGUUAAGGAGGAAAUGGGAGAAAAGCUUAAUGAUUGGGCGAUACAAGUAGAAGAUGAAUUGAAGCUAAUGCCAACAACCGAAACUACAGAAAUGCAACAAUGGGACAAGCAAUCCAUCUACAAAGUCCCGGAAUGCUUCACGGACUUGAACAAGAAAGCCUACAAGCCCCAGUUCGUCUCCUUCGGGCCAUACCAUCACGAGGAGCCCCACUUGGAGCCGAUGGAGAAGCACAAGCACCGCGCUCUCCUCCAUUUUCUCAAGAGGUCCCAAAAGCCUCUUGCGUCCUAUGUCGCCGCUCUGGCCGAAGUCGCUCAAAGUCUGAAAGGCUCGUACGAGUCACUCGAUCACAUUUGGCAAGCCGACACCGGCCGGUUCUUGAUGCUGAUGAUUCUUGAUGGCUGUUUUGUGCUCGAAGUCAUGCGUACCUCGACGCUGCAGGUGAAUUAUUAUUCAGAAAACGAUCCGAUCUUCAGUGAGCAUGGGAAGCUCCACAUUGUGCCUUAUAUCAGACGUGACAUGAUGAUGCUUGAAAAUCAACUCCCCAUGCUUCUUCUCACCACGCUUGUUGCUGUUGAAAAGGAGGAGGGAACUAAGUUUCAUGAGAUUGUGAACAAGCUUAUUUGCAAGUUCUGCUUCCCCAACCCCUGGUUCCCAUACGACGCCAGCAUUGGCGAAUGCUUGCACUUACUCGACGUGUACAGGUCAAGUCUCCUUAUACGCGUGAGAACAAGAAGAAAGAUCCGCGCCCAUGCACAAGGCAAUGAGGUCAUCCGGUCUAGCACGGGAGGCAACGAGGUCAUCCGGUGCGCAAUGGAGCUUAGCGAUGCCGGAAUCCGAUUCAAGAAAAGCAGGAGCGCAACCCUGAAUGACAUCUCCUUUACAGGUGGGGUGCUGAGUCUCCCGCCCAUAGUGGUGGACGGCACUACUGAGUCUACGUUUUUGAACCUCAUUGCUUUCGAGCGGUUCCAUGUUGAUUUUGUGGGGAACGAGGUGACCUAUUAUAUCUUCUUCAUGAGCAAAAUCAUCGAAAGCGCGGAGGACGUUAGCAUCUUGCGCACUGGAGGGAUCAUCAAGAAUGCCCUCGGCAGUGACGACGACGUCGUCAAACUCUUCAAUUCCCUCUCUAAGGAUCUAACACUUGACCCGUUAACUAUCCUGUAUGGGUUGCAUGGGACGGUCAAUAAGUACUGGGAGGAGCGCUGGGUGCGUGUGUAUAUCAUGAAGAACUAUUUUAGGAACCCUUGGGCGAUGCUCUCGCUCAUAGCUGCUGUUUUCCUUUUCUUCUUCACGCUAGCACAAACGGCAUACACCAUUAUAUCGUAUCACGAUCCGGCCAAGAAUUAGAAUUCUCCAUGAUCCAGCUGUUGGUACUAAGCCAGAGGCUCCACCUCCAUUUGUGCCUAUUUAAUCUGUUGUACACUUGUA